UCUAUCUAUCUAUCUAUCUAUCUAUCUAUCUAUCUAUCAAUCAAAUAAGAAAGGAGGUUUCAUAUGUGAAAGGCGAGUGGAUCAGUGGGUCUGACGUUGCCGUGUUGCCUCCUCCAGCUCUGCGUCGUGCCGCGCCGGGGCCGUGCUGUGGGUACGGGAGGGGGGAGUUGUUUUGGGAUGGUGGGCCGGGGUAUCGCGUCUCUCGGCUCGGCUCCUCUGUAGCUUGCUAGCAUACGAUCCGCAUCCACUAUGGAUUGUUUACGAGAGGAAUGAAAAAUUAGCGCUUAUCGCCGUGACAGCUGCUUCUUUUGUUAAAUACGACUCAUUCACAACAGCUGUUGGCAUCGCUGCAGUGAGAUGAUUUCUGGGCUUUCGUUGGUAAACAUAAGGCCUUUCACUUCGCAGAUGUGUCAGAUUCUGGGGGUAAAUCUUGUGAGAAGAUGUCUGAAACGAUACUAUAGAUAUCCAGCUUAUGUUUGAGUUGUCAGUUAGCGAUAACGUGCAUGUGAUUUCUAUGGCUGCAGAUCGUGUUUUCGUGUUGACAUCACAAGGAUAGCUUAGCUACAUCACAUUGUCAUCUAGAAUUACCACAGUAUUGUUAUUACUGCCUUGUCAAAUUAGCAGACGUCCCCCUGAAGAAAGAGAGUAGCUAUGGCUGAACAAGACAUUUGUCCCCACCUGGACUCCAUAGGACAGGUAACCAAAGAGGACCUCCUCCAGAAAUCCAAGGGAACUUGCCAGUCCUGUGGAGCAGGUGGCCCAAACCUGUGGGCCUGUCUGCAGAAUGAUUGCCCAUAUGUUGGUUGCGGAGAGUCCUAUUCUGAUCACAGCACCCUGCAUGCACAGGCUAAGAAGCACAACCUGACCGUUAACCUGACAACGUUCAGGAUCUGGUGUUAUGUGUGUGAGCGGGAGGUGUUUCUGGAGCACAGGCCUGCCCUGGUGUCUGUACCUGCCGCUCCCCAUCACUGUAAAGCUGCAGAGCAGGAAGUGGCUCCUCAGCCAGUAGGUCACCCUCUGAAAGCAGUACCAAUUGCUGUGGCAGAAGAAGAAGGUUCAGAGUCAGAGGAGGAUGAGCUGAAACCCAGAGGCUUGACAGGAAUGAAAAAUAUUGGAAAUUCUUGCUACAUGAAUGCAGCUCUUCAAGCCCUGUCCAACUGUCCUCCUCUGACUCAAUUCUUCCUGGACUGCAGUGGAUUAGUGCGGACUGAUAAGAAGCCUGCUCUCUGCAAGAGCUACCAGAAACUCAUCUCAGAACUCUGGCAUAAAAAACGGCCCAGCUAUGUUGUCCCUACCAGUCUGUCUCAUGGCAUCAAACUAGUAAACCCCAUGUUUCGUGGUUACGCUCAGCAGGUAGGGGCAAGCACCCAGCAGGACACUCAGGAGUUCCUGCGCUGUCUGAUGGACCAGCUACACGAGGAGCUGAAGGAGCCUCUGACAGAGUGCAGCAUGAGCGGGGAGGGAAGUGACGGCGAGGAGAGAAGAGAUGGUGACCGCUCCCCGUCUGAGGAUGAAUUCCUGUCCUGCGACUCUGGCUCCAGCAGUGACAGAGGGGAGGGAGGAGGUGCGGGUGACGGCGAGCUGCUCGUGCAGGACGAGUGUGACGGGGUCAGGUCGCCGGCGGUGGGGAUGGUGGGUGUCAGUCCCGGCGGGGUGAUCUCGGAGAAGGAGAGGCUCAAGGAGCGAAGGGUGUCUGGCUCGUCCCUCCGCGGAGGCUCGCAAGAGAUGGAUGAGGACGCCGAUGUGGACACAGCGGCUGAGGAGGAGGCUCCUGAGAGGGGAGAGGAAGAGGAGCUGAUGCCAACUCCAAACACUGAAGUCCAAAACCAGGAGAACAACCAGACAUCUAAUCCUGUGCAAGGGCAAGGCCAGAGCAGCAGCACCUCAGAGCCAGACAAUGAAGCAUCAAUGACCCAGCCCCAGUCCACUCCCUGCAGUCCUGUGCGAACCCUUCAGGAGCUGCAUCCCAAACUGUCCUCCAGUCCGCCUCGCUCCAGCCCGCUUCGCUCUGCAGGACCGGCCUACUCCUUCAAAAAAGCUCAGCUGCUGCUCAGUGCCAGGAAGAAGAAACAAUCUCACUAUCGCAGUGUGAUCUCCGACAUCUUCGACGGCUCCAUCCUCAGUCUGGUCCAGUGUUUAACCUGUGACAGGGUCUCUAAUACAGUAGAAACCUUCCAAGACUUGUCCCUCCCUAUUCCCGGUAAGGAGGACUUGGCCAAGCUCCACUCCUCCAUCCAUCAAAACCUUCCAGUCAAGACCGGCGUGUGCCCUGACACCUACGGCUCGCAGGGCUGGAUCUCCUACAUCAUGGACUCCAUACGCCGGUUCGUAGUCUCGUGUAUCCCCAGUUGGUUUUGGGGGCCCAUGGUAACGCUAGAGGACUGCCUCGCUGCCUUCUUUGCUGCAGAUGAACUCAAAGGGGACAACAUGUACAGUUGUGAGAGAUGUAAAAAGUUGAGAAAUGGUGUCAAAUAUUGCAAAGUGCUUCGACUUCCAGAGAUUUUGUGUAUUCACCUCAAACGUUUCCGGCACGAGGUCAUGUAUUCGUUCAAGAUUAGCAGCCACGUAUCUUUCCCGUUGGAGGGCCUUGACAUGCGACCUUUCCUGGCUAAAGAGAGUCCAUCCCAAGUCACCACAUAUGAUCUGCUGUCAGUCAUCUGUCACCAUGGCACUGCAGGAAGUGGACACUACAUAGCUUACUGUCAGAACGUUAUCAAUGGCCAGUGGUAUGAGUUCGAUGAUCAGUAUGUCACCGAAGUCCAUGAGACGGUGGUGCAGAACGCAGAGGCCUAUGUGCUGUUCUAUAGGAAAAGCAGUGAGGAGUCAGUGAGAGAGAGGCAGAAGGUGGUGGCUCUGGCCAAUAUGAAAGAGCCCAGCCUGCUGCAGUUUUACAUCUCCAGAGAAUGGCUCAACAAGUUCAACACCUUCGCCGAGCCAGGCCCCAUCAGCAACCACACGUUUCUUUGUCAGCACGGAGGGAUCCCUCCUAACAAAUACCACUACAUAGACGACCUGGUUGUGAUAGUUCCACAGAAUGUGUGGGAGUACCUUUACAACAGUUUUGGAGGCGGCCCUGCAGUCAACCACCUGUAUAUGUGUGCCAUCUGCCAGGUGGAGAUCGAAGCUCUGGCUAAACGCAGAAAGAUGGAAAUAGACACCUUCAUCAAGCUGAACAAAGAGUUUCAGGCUGAAGAGGCUCCAACAGUGAUCCUGUGCAUCAGCAUGCAGUGGUUCAGAGAGUGGGAGAGCUUCGUGAAGGGCAAAGAUAAUGAGCCGCCUGGUCCCAUCGACAACAGUAAAAUUGGUGUCAUGAAAGGAGGGCACAUACAACUCAAGCAAGGUGCAGACUAUGGCCAGAUCUCAGAGGAGACAUGGCAGUACUUAUUGGGUAUUUAUGGCGGAGGCCCUGAGAUUGCAGUGAGACAGACAGUGGCCCCGGCUGACCCCGACAGCCUUCAUGGAGAGAGAAAAAUCGAGGCAGAGACCAGAGCACUUUGAGAUGAAGAGAGGUCUUCUGAUUCCCUUUUCCACUUCUGCCCUCACAAGAUGCUGAGGAAUUUGCACCUUGGUGAAGAAGCCUCGUUGUGAGCACUUUGUAAAUGUAGCAACAUAUUAUGCCGAAGCUGUGUCGCAGGAAGCUGAAACGGUACUUAAAUAUCAUGUAGUUUAUUUAUUGAAUAACUCUGAUCUUCAGUGUUAAGGUGUAAAAAUAAGACGUUGUGUCACAUCUCUGGAGCUGUUUUCGGUAGCUAUGGUGUUUCAGUGGCUGCUGUAGUGACUAGGUGUCAUGUACUGCUAAGCUGGCUGUGGCAGGCAGACGGCUGCUGGUGUCACGCAGCAGAAGGCUGAGGAGAGCAGAACUACAGUGUGAUGUUUGGUUUUAUGACUUUUCUUCUUCAAUGGAAGCGACAACCAAGAAACAUUAACAAACAUUCUGUUGUAUGCCUGUUUAGUAGUUACAAAGUUCAGACAUCAAGUGAGAGAUAAAACAUAAAUCAUACUGUGGAACCUCCGACCUUAAGUACGCUUACACUGAGCCCUCAGGAAUGGAAGACUUUUGUUGUUUAAGCCAGUGAAAUGAUUGGAUGAAUGAACAGCAGCAGGGUUGUUUCAAACCACAAAACAUGCAUGUGUGGGUUCUUUAAAAAACCAUAUUCAGGGUCAGCUUUAAAAUGCAUGCAUCUACAACUCUUUUCUUUGGACCAGUGAGGACAUUUCCCUGACAGAGUGAGAUGCCAUUUGUUUGCUCAGAGAAUUCAUGUGCUCAAAAUUGACUCACUCCUAUUCAGUUCUAGUGCCAGUACUAUCCAGAAAACACUAAGCAUACGGGCAUGUACAUGUAGAUAUGCGGGUAUAAUUUUAAACAGAAUAGAGAAGUGGUACAUUUCUGAAAAGACAAACUAAUUUAUGGUCAUGCCAAGAGUGCAGGAGAUAUAGGAAGACGAUUAUGUAUCUGGUGCAAUAAUGGUACAUUUGCAAAGGAGUGAUAAGAAAAUCUUGUGCAACAAAAUACCUUAGAGGCUUUUUUCUGAUAAUGGCUCACAUAGUAAGUUUGUAAUUCUUAUGAAACAUCACAGUGUGAAGAACCUCCAUAUAAUCACUUCUUAGAAAACUGUAAUUCCAUAUUGACCCAUAAUGCACUGUCUGUUCAAACCAAGAGAGGGCAGUAUUAAAUGAGAUGAUUUUUAUUUUUCCACCAUGUUACAAUUUAACAAGAAAGAAAUCAUCUCAAAUAAUAACUAGCACAACAUGCACAAAAUCAGACCUGUUAAAGCAGUGAGGUCAUUUAUGAUACUAUUUCAUUGAUCAAAUAUAUUCACUUAUUUGUACAUAAUGCCAUAACUGUACAUGUUGGUUUGUCAGGUGAUCAGAAAAAUGAAGCUGUACCCUGUGGGAGGGAUUGUGUACUAAGAGGCAAUUAUAUUACAGUAAAAAUAUUUAUGUGUCACUGUUGAAGAUGCGUUUUAAGAUUUUAUUUUUAAAAAAUCACCUGUCUUCACUAAUUGUGGCACCGUGGUUUGUUUACUCAGAUUAGAUUCUGCAGUAAAGGUUGAAGAGUCACACAGGAAGUGAUGACUCAAAAUGGGCUCCUAUCCACAGCGUUUUGCGUCAAGAAAAACUGAUUCAAAUCUUGCACUCAUCUUGUCUCUUUUUAUCUGUUUUAUUUCAAACGGAUUAGACUGGUAAGCAAAUAUGUUGUGCAAUUGUACAGCAUUUGAGACAGUUCAUACAACACCGACUCAUAUUUAGUUAAUUGCUGCAAUUAAGUUUUAAUCAUCCAUUAGAGAUAUUACAUGUUGUUGUGUAGAUUGUACUUUUCCGUGUGCUUUAAUAUAAUAAAUGUACUCAUAAAUACACAGCAAUUUUGAAAGCCAAAACUAGGAAAAAUUAGAUUAUUAUUAUUUUUCAGCUAAAUUAAUUUCUUUUCAAAUAUGACAAUUAAUUUAUACUGUUUAUAAAAAUAAAAGAUAGUAUUUGAUGAAAAAUGAUUAAUUUAUUGUCAAUUUACAUUCACUGACCUUGCGAGGCAGCUGGAUUUCUCCCAAACAAGGUUGCGUGUCCCAAACCAUCACAUUCACUGUUUGAUGGUAAAAUCUCAUAAGCCAUAUCACAUAAAGUACCAAUGCACAGUUAAUAAAUAGUUUUAAAAUCUUUUUGAUUAUCAGUCAUUUUUAACUUAGAAAUCAUACUUAUUUGACUGUCAGAGAAGAAUGUCGAUCAGUGGGAGAUCUACUUGAAUAAAUAAGCUUCUCAGCUAUUACCAGUCUAAACAGCCACAAGACAAGUUAAUAAAUACAAGUGAGUGACAGUGCAGCGCCUCCAAGUCUAUUUAUAAACAGAUGAGAAGCAAAAACCUGUAGUUUUCAAUGCCAAAUAUGCUGAACACAUCUUUAGAUGCCAUGUAGUACUCACGUAAGGAAACAUUAGUCCUUACAUUUUGCUUUUUUCUACUGUUUUUUGCUAUUUUUUUUUUUUAGCAGCAACAUUAGAGCAAUUCAAUCUGAAACCUGAAAUUUGAAGAAUAUGAUAAUAUGAUAUCUGAUUUUCCGCAAUACAGUCAUCCUAUCUUGGAAUACAGUGCCUUCAAGCCCUCACACACCCACAGUGCACCUGCACAGGUGUUUUUUUUUGUGUUUUUUUUUUUUACAUAUUUUGCCCGAUUUCGUCUGUGUGGGCGUGUACAGACAACACUUGAUUGACCACUCCCUCACUCUACUGUUAGUAUGGUAAAGUUACACCCUCUACGUUGUAACUAGUUCAUGGUGUUUGUUGACCUCGUAUAAAUAUAUAAAUAUUCUUCAACCUAAGCACCGGUCAGCCACAUGAAGUGAAAACACCUGCGUGGGUGUGCAGGGGCUGCAGUACAUUUUCAUCCACCUUGACUAAAGAAAGUACAGACAUGCACUGCAUUCACAAAAGAAAGAAAAAUUUGUAUCUUACUGAUACCUGUAUCUUACUCAAUAACGAGUAAUGGGUCUCGCAAAUUGUGAGCAAAGGUUGAAGUGGUUCCAUCUGAUUUUGUCCUGUAAUUAUGAGGUAGUAAGUCAUAUUUAUGAUACACAGAAGUCAUGAUUUCAAGAUAAGGUCGCCAAAAUGUUUUUCUUAUGUGAAUGCAAUGUACUUCUGUGAGAAAGGUCUAUUUCACUCUGUGCCAUUAAAUCUCCCAGCUGUAUUUCAUUGUAAGAUCAGUCCAAAAAGGUGACAUUGAUCAAGAAAAUUGAACUCAAUUACAUGACACAUGUAAUGAACAUGAACUCAGAGGGGUAUUCAAAUUGCCUGGUAAUUUAAAGAUGUGAAAGUUGUUGUUAAAGGAAUUGUUUGACAUUUUGGUAAUUAUACGCUUAUUAGCUUUCUUCCCCAGAGUUAGAUACCACUCUCAUGUCUGUACGGUAAAUAUAAAAAUCAUUAUGUCAUAGAGAUAUGUAAUUUGUUGGAAAAAUAGCAUGUUUAAUUUGCAAGACCUGGAGAACAGGGAUAAAAACCAAUCUGAAGAAAAAAAAAUGUAACACCAUACGAGCUAGUCGUGGUAAUUAAGCUAGCUUAGCAAAGUAGCUGUAACUGCCGUUUCUGCAGUCUCUGACUAGUGACAUUACCUUAAAUUACAAAUGAAAUACAUUUCAAAUGUAUUUAUAUCAACAUUAAUUUACUCAACUAGCUGAUGUAGAGAGAAGACACAUUUUGUUUGUAGAUACUGCUUUUCCCUUAAGCUUGUCCAAACAUAGAGUGCAAUGUCUAGUGUGCCUUCUCAGGUUUUAUGCAAAGUCUGUGAUAAUAACUUAUAACAAGCAUAAAAUAGUAAGUAAGGUCUUAUAACUUAUAUGUGUUACACAGUUUGGCUUAAAGAGGCUUAACUUCAAACCCUUUUAGAAAAACUUGUUGAAAACUGUUUCUGUAGUUGCUGCUUUCUGCCUUUGCAAGGCUGCAUACAGAUAUGAGAGUGGUAUCAAUCUUCUCAUCUAACUCCCAAAAUAAUCUAAAAAAUAAUAAAUUAAGAUAAAUUAAAUAAAAAUAAUAAAUAAUCUGUUUCUUUUAGAGAUUUAGAUAAAAAAAAAGCUCAGCCUCAAAAUGAAGCAUCAGAAUUAGUUUAUAUUCUACAUAGCUUCAGUGUUAGCUUAUUCUCUUCCUCGUCUUCUAUUUUGUGUCGUGAACAACUAAGAGAUUCCAGGGCAAGCAAGAUAGACUUGUGAAACAUAUUUAAUCUGAUAAAGUGCAACAGUUACAGACUGUCAGCAGAUAAUAUAAGUGUAAUUAUCAGGAGAGCAUCUUCAAGAUCCCCCUGGCAAUAUAUCCAACAAGGCAAUCAGAGAGAGUAAACCGAAAUGCCCAAAGGUUUUGUAAUAGACUUUUGACCACAGAUAUUUUGACUUGUCAUAGCACAAAAAGCACAGGUGUGGCUAAUGCUACUAGCAAUCGCUAUAUUAAAUUUAACUGCCAGUGUAACUGAGCCAUUUAACAGGACAUCAGAAAACCUAAAUGGAAGGAAGGCAGCCGUGGAGUUUGUAAGAAGUCGAUUGCAGUUUUUGAUUCUCUAAACCGUCUUUAUGAACUAACGCCAGAAGCCAACAUUGCAAAUCGAUUUCUGUGUUUUAGUGUUUGUCAACAUUUCUUAUUCUACCAGUUUUUUUAGCUACGUUUUUUUUUUUUUUUUUUUUUUCCCUGAAGUUAAACCUGCAAUAGUUGAUAUAUUUUUCGUCUUCUCGGGCGCAGCGGAAACUGACAUAUCAUCACCGUUAAAGUUGAUAUCACAAACCACUGCUUACACAUCCAGCAGGUACAGAGCAACAUUAUCAUUCAUUUGGAGUUGUGUUUUCUGGCCAUGUGGCGAAUAUAAGUGCAAUAUUAGCUCUCUUUUAGCUCUGUUUUUGGUCUCUACCAACUCACAGGGGAAAUAUCUGGCUCUGUAGCUGCUAAAUGUUCAACUAUGUUCACCAGUCAAUUAUUUCAGUUAUAUUAUACCCUAAAUCUGCAGUUGAGGCUCAAAGCUGCCAUACCCACCUGAACUGCCCAGCACUAAAAUGGAUUAAAAGCUAAAUGGACGCUGGCCACCAUUAAUAUUAAUUUUACCUGAAAAUUUCCAGCUAUGACAUGUCAAACACCAGCCAUGUCUAUUAACUUUAUUCCUUCCUAUCUUCAUCCAUGUCUCCCUGUUUUGUUUGCUGAUGUGUCCAAAGAGAUUAAUGAUUUAUUCAUGUGUCUUUAACAGUUUUGUAGCAUUAGUUUUUUUUCACACGUGUCCAGACUAUAUCUACAAGAGGUAAUGUCAAUAGGAAUACUGUGGGUAUAUACUGUAUGUGUGCUAUGUUUAGAUACCUUUUGGGGGAGUAAGUGCAAUGACAAAAAAAAAAAAAAAAAAGACAAAUCUUUGUGCAAUCUUAGCUCUAUUAUCAAAGAGAACACGUAAGAGUUUGGACAGCUGACAGUUAAACAGGGGCAGUGCAGCUUCUUAUAUUGCAGUGUUAAGAAAUGUCGAGUGGUAAUUACUCAUCCCCAGCUGUGAGUUUGUUUGCUUGUGUUACAGCACGUAGCUAUGCGUGUGAGAUUUUCAUUUCACUGGAAAAUACAUUGCAUUGCUGUGGUUGGUAAGAAUUCAUCAGUUAUAUCAGCCCGCACACAGCACAACAGGAUUUCACUCGCUCAUGUUUUCCCCUAUAUUUUACAGUGUGUGGCUGUUGUGGUCAUGAUAAUGGUGAUGCUUUGAAACACGGGAAUUUAAGUGGUUGAACUCAAUUCAAUGGGAUGUCUUAAUGUCUGUAUAACUGAUGUAAUUAAUCAUGACUGGUUGAAUGAUUAAAAUUGCCUGGUCUUUGA